AUGUGUAUAUAUGAAUUUUUUUUAACACAGGUAGAAUGUGGCUUAGACGUGGGAGUAGGCAGAUUCAGCGAUACAGAAAUUCCAGAUCUUUCACAUUUUGUUGAAUACAUGGUUUCUAGAGGAUCCGAAAAAUAUGAACAUGAAAAUGAUUUUAUUGAAUUUAUCAAUAAGCAUGGCGGAUGUACUAAUAGUAUAACGGAUUACGAGCAUACAACAUUUUACUUUGCCCUGGGUGGUAUACAAAAGGAUCAAUUGUCAUCAGCUCUUGAUCGUUUUACUCAAUUUUUCAUUAAACCCUUGAUGAAGAAAGAUGUCAUAAAGCGGAUGAUAGAGUCUGUAAAAAAAGAGUUGCAGUCGUCUUUAACUCAUGAUGUGCCCAGAAAAAAUCGAUUAUUGUCCUCUACCGUGCCAGUUGGACAUCCAGUCAAUAAAUUUCCGUGGUCCUAUUCAGUAAUAAUGAGCAAUAAUGUGGAUGACAACAAAAUAGAUAAAUUAUACGAUGAACUACACAAAUUUAGAGAGCGUCAUUACAGCGCUCACAGAAUGAAGCUAGUUAUACAAGCGUCAUUACCACUAAAUGCAUUGGAAAAAUAUGUUAGAAAGUUCUUUGCUAAUAUACCAAGUAACUGGCUGCCGCCCGAUAACUUUACCAAAUUUAAAGACAAUGUUCCUUUUAAUACUCCCGCUUUCCAAAAAGUGUAUAAAGUUAGACCUGUCAAAGAUAUCAGCCAACUACAUAUAACAUGGGCUAUGCCUUCAGUACUACAUUUGUACAAAAGUAAACCACAUACUUAUAUCUUAUGGAUUAUUAAGCAUAAAGGAAAAGGCUCCUUAAUAGAUUAUCUACGCAAGAAACAGUGGAGCUCCGAUUUUUUACUUGAUAACCCUGAAGACGAUUUUGAACAAAAUUCUAUAUAUACAUUAUUCAAUUUGAUCUUAGAUCUCUCCUAUGAGGGACUACAGCAUGUGCACGAUAUUCUAGAUGCAAUAUUUUCAUUUAUUAAUUUACUAAAGAGGGAAGGUCCGCAGAAAAGAAUUUACGACGAGAUUUAUAAAAUUACAGAAAAUAAUUUUAGAUUGUUGGGUAAUAAUGAUUAUAUAGACUGUUUGUGUAAGAAUAUGCAUUUAUAUCCACCGCGCGAUUAUAUAACUGGAAAGCAGAAUUUCUUCGAGUAUGAUCCAGAAGCUAUACAAAAAUGUUUGGACUAUUUGGUACCAGAGACCGUGAAUAUUAUGAUUUUCAACAAAAAUUUUCAUCGUCUUAGAUUAAAUAAAGUCGAUCUGUGGACCAAUACCAUCUACGCAGAUGGGGAGAUAUCACAAAAGUGGAUCGAACGCUGGAAAUCCAUCAAACCAUUGCCAGAUUUUCAUUUACCAUUAUCAAAUACAUUCAUUACUAGCAACGUCUCUUUAUUAUCGAUACCUGUGAUGGCUCCAAAAUAUCCCAUAAAAAUAGCUGAUACUAAUUUAAUACAGAUUUGGCAUCACCAGAAGUUUAGUUGGCCAAAAUGUUAUAUAAACUUUCAAUUUAUUGUUUACCCUCUGGACUUUCAGUCACCAAAAAUUGAGGCAUUCAUGGAAAUGUAUUGCGAUGUAUUAAAACAGCUAUUGAGGGCAGAAUUAUUUCCAGCUGUAAAGGCUCAGAUUGAAUAUAAUAUCACUGUCAGUGAGACAGGUAUUAUAAUAGAAAUGAACGGAAUUAGCGAACAACUACUAAAAUUCUUGCUAAUUAUUGCAAGAUACAUGAUGAGCUAUUCAACUAUUGUUACGAAGCACUUGUUUGAACUUGUCAAAGUGCAACAACUUGAAAGAUAUUAUAACAAAUUUAUGAAACCUGAAAAACUCAUAAAGAACGUGAAAUUAUGGAUACUGAAGGAAACUAUCCAUUAUACGCAUAUUGACACAUAUAUUGCUCUAAGUAAAAUUAAUUUUGAAGAAUUCCAAAAAUUUGUGAACUCUUUCACCGAUCAUCUAUACGUUCAGUGUCUUGUGCAAGGCGAUAUGACGAAGAACAUUGCGAUUGCUGCUGUACAGAGAUAUAUGGAAAAGAUAAAAUGUUCUCCAUUAAUCCUUAAUACAAUAUCCCAGACGAGAAUCACUCAGAUACCCUUAGGCACAUCCUAUUGCAAGUUAAAAAAUAUGAACAAAACUGAUACGAAUUCUGUAAUAACAAAUUAUUAUCAAGCCGGUGUCACGUCGAUUGAAUUAUCUAUAUUAAUUGAUUUGAUAAUCAUUAUCAUGCAAGAACCAUUAAGGAAUCAACUAUGUAUCCAAGAACAGCUUAGUACUAAGGUCUUCUGCGUCCGUCGAGACGACAAUGGCAUUUUAGGACUUUCCAUUACCGUUCACAUUGAGGCACAUAAAUAUACAACAGAACACGUGGAUCAGCGGAUCGAGGAAUUUCUGAAGUCGUUUUGUAAGAUGUUAGAAGUCUUCCCACAAGAGGAAUUAAAUAUUAUCAAGGAAACGCUAAUAAUAAGAGAAUUAAAGCAAUGUACCAGUGUCGGGUUUCUGAAAAACGAAGUUGGUAAAAACUGGAGUGAGAUUACCAAGCGGCAAUACAUGUUUGACAGAUUCGAGAAGAAAACUGUUGCAAUAAAGGAUGUAAAAAUCAAGAAGCUACGAAAAUGGUUUAUACGUACACUGAACGGAAAUGAUUUCAGAAAAUUAAGUUUACAUGUGGUAGGAACUGAUCCAAAGGAAAUAGAAGCCAGGGAAGCUAAUGAUACUGCAAUGGAUUACAAUAAAGAACAAGAUUUUGUUUUGAAAUAUAUAACUGAUAAUCAACAGCGUAAUGAAACUGAAGGUCAUCAUAUUACGAAUAUAGAGCAUUACAAAGCAGAUCUCUUCAUUCUUUCAUGCGUCGAAAAAAUGAUAAAUUUGGAUUAA